AUGGGAGGAACAACGCCAUGGCUAGUGAUCUUAGUGAUAUGCGCUGUGUUCGUGUGCGAAAGUGCAGCACUCUCUGGUGCUAUGAAGGUGGAGAGGUACUGUGAGAACCACUGCCAGCAGCAAAGUUUCCGUCUCCGACAAUUAACAACCAACAACGAAGAGAAAGAAAAGUGCAAAGAUAAAUGCUAUGCUUAUUUUAAAAAAGCAAAAAUGAUGAUUACCAUGCAAGGAGGAGAUGAAGCUAAUCUUAAUUGGGAAGCCGUUAAUCUACCAAAUCCGUGCGCUCCGGUUUUUGGUCCUCCUUUUUGGUUUUGUUGGAACUGA